GCGCGACGGAGAGCACGAGCACCGGGUGGAGAGCCGGGAGCGGACCGCCAAGAGGGGCAUUGCGGAGAGCGAGGGCCGGACCGAGCUGCCCCAGAGGACCGAUUCGCCGGGUGGGGCUCUGGUCCCGGAGGGCGUGAGCCGUCCGUAGAUUGAGCAACUUGGGAACCCGCGGGCGGAGCGCGGGAGAGCCGGGAGCCCGGGACAGUCCUACCGCGGGCGAGUGAGCCGGCCUCGCCCUCGCCCUUCCCGGGCCUGUCCCCGCCGCGGCUGGCAGCGUGGAGGUUGGGUUUUGGAGGUGUCCCUGCUGAAGUGACAACAAGUUCUCCCAUGUGACACUCCCAAGUGCCUUUGAGGAAAGCUCUCUGGACAUCCUUAUGGGCUGAUGGAGAAGUGGGCUCCCUACACCCUCUCUGUCCCCACCUAAGAUUAUGGUGGAUUUGGGACACGGCCCAGGCCUGGGCCUCCUGCUGUUGACCCAGCCCCGGAGGCGUUAGCAAGAGCCCUGCGCCAUCCACUGCCCCAGAGACCACCCCUCCUACCAGGGGCCUAGAGCUGGCGAGUGACUAUGCGGCUUGGGCUGUGUGUGGUGGCCCUGGUUCUGAGCUGGAUGCAUCUCACUGCUGGCAGCCGGGGGAUCAAAGGGAAGAGACAGAGGCGGAUCAGUGCCGAGGGGAGCCAGGCCUGUGCCAAAGGCUGUGAGCUCUGCUCUGAGGUCAACGGCUGCCUCAAGUGCUCGCCCAAGCUGUUCAUCCUGCUGGAGAGGAACGACAUCCGUCAGGUGGGCGUCUGCUUGCCGUCCUGCCCUCCUGGAUACUUCGAUGCCCGCAACCCCGACAUGAACAAGUGCAUCAAAUGCAAGAUUGAGCACUGCGAGGCCUGCUUCAGCCACAACUUCUGUACCAAGUGUAAGGAGAGCUUGUACCUGCACAAGGGCCGCUGCUACCCAGACUGUCCCGAGGGCUCUGCAGCUGCCAAUGGCACCACAGAGUGCAGCAGUCCUGCACAAUGUGAAAUGAGUGAGUGGUCCCCUUGGGGGCCAUGCUCCAAGAAGAAGAGGCUCUGUGGUUUCCGGAGGGGCUCUGAGGAGCGGACACGGAGGGUGCUCCAUGCCCCUGGGGGGGACCAUGCCAUCUGCUCCGACACCAAGGAGAUCCGGAGAUGUACAGUGCGGAGGACUCCCUGCCCUGAGGGGCAGAAGAGGAGGAAGGGAGGCCAGGGCCGGCGGGAGAAUGCCAACAGGAACCCGAGCAGAAAGGAGAGCAAAGAGGUGGGCACAGGCUCUCGGAGACGCAAGGGCCAGCAACAGCUACAGCAGCUCGGGACAGUGGGGCCGCUCACAUCAGCAGGACCCACCUAGGGACAUUCUUCAGCCUCCAGGCCCAUGAAGCAAGAGUCCUGCGCUGCUCUGUGUGACGGAAGCCUUACUGAACUAGAGUGCCGGGGGCAACACGUACAUACACUCUGCAUACAUACAUGGACGCACAGGCCCCAUGUCCAAACAUGCAACCACACACGUGCACACGUGUGCACACACACAUACACACACACACUCAAGGCCACUGGAAGACACUUCUAUCCCUUGGACAUCAUGAUGUGAACAAGGCGGGGAAGUGAAGAGGUCAUCCCUGCCUGGAAGAGGGCCCAACAGCACACCCUUGGUUUGCGAUGCUAACAGUGGAUUGGCAGAGGGAACAUUUCCCAGCACCCAGGCCCAAACUUUUGCAGAGUGAUGGCUUCUGGAGGAGCUGAUAGGAUCGACCCAGAGUGGCAGACAAGCCAAAGCGUGAGGACUGUUCAGCAUUUCCAGCCGUGUGACUUUAUCACUGGAGAGUAUUGUGACACAUCCAUGGUCCAUAUCAGGGCUGCCCUGACUCUGAAAACUGCUUAAAGGUUUAUUUCAAAUUAAAAACAGAAACCAAAUGACAACAGUAGCCACAGGAACCACAUUCUUUUUCAGGGUACAGGGAUUGGGGCGGGGGGUACGCAUGGGAGCAGGAAGGGAUGCAGCUGAAUUUAAGAGACCCCUAAUGGACAGAGUAGGAGGAAACUUUGUGGGUCCUCAGGGUGACAGCCAGCUCCCCUAUACCCAGAGUGUGGUCUAGGGACCUGCAUUAACACAUCACUGGGCAGCUUGUUAGAAAUGAGAAUCUCAGGUCCCAUCCCAGACCUGGUGGAACAGAGUCUGCAUUUUAACAAGGUUCCAGGUGACUGAUGUGCACAUUCCAAUCUGAGAAGCGCUGCUCUGAUUACCUUGAAGGAUGAAGGGAUUUUUGUCAGCUAUGGAGGAAGACUUUCCAUCUGGGAGAGGUGGAGUCUGCAUGCUGAGUGGCACUCCUGGGGGAGGCGGUGCUCUGGGAGAGUUGGUGACAGUUGGACUCAAGGGCAGAACAGCGGGUGGAAUCACCUCUUAUGGCCUUCAGGAGUGUCCACUGGCGGCCAUCCGUGCACCAGACUCUGGACUAAGUGUUUGGUUUCUGGAGCUGAGCCAAUCACGGGCCUUGCUCCCAUGGAGCAUAGAAGUUAGUGGGGGCGACAGGUGUGAAUCAUGUAAUCAUUUAAAGAGUUAAGGGCAGGCAACCACUGGCACAGACACAUAGCUGUGAAAGUGAAUAAAGUGAAUAAAAGUCAAAGGCUUUAUCUCAGGGAAGCUUUUCAGAGGAGGUGAUAUUUGAGCCAAGCUCUGAAGGACAAGUAGAAGGAGUUGAGACAAAGAGAAGGGAUAGUAUUCUUGACCAGUGCUGCCUAAGAGAAAUAUAAUAUGAGCCGUUUAUGUAAUUAAAAAUUUUCUAGUAGCCACACUUAAAGAGUAAAAAGAAAUAGUGAAGUUAAUUUUGAUUAUAUCUUUUAUUGAACCAAACAUGCAAAAUGUUCAU